UUCAAAAAAACUAUUACACAAUUGUCCCAUCCUGGUCUGGACGAUCACGAAAACGCCUUCUCUCCUGAGUCCUUGGCAAGAACCCCCUCGACGGCUACGUAUGUGGAUGUUUUCCCCACUGAUGCGUGGAGUCGCAAAAAUUCAUUCGAAAAGGAGGCAGAGGUGUCGACUCCUAGCCUUGAGUUCGAGCAUGUGACUCAAAGAUUAUUCACUACCUACUUCAUAUAUUUUGUCUGCGGAUGGGGUGAUGGAGUCACCGCUACUGUUCUUCCCUCAUUUGAGAAAGACUUUGGUUUGAGCUAUACUAUGUGCUCCUUAUUGUUUACAGGCAGUACGGUCGGGUCUGUGAUCGGCACCAUCCUACUUGAACGAAUUGUCAACUUCCUUGGUCAAUUUUACCCAUCUUUGGAUCAACACACCUAUUUUCCCGCCGUUCCGUUUUUUGAUCGCCUGUUCACCAAGAAUGUGUCUGCAGCUCUCCCUUGCGAUGUCGGUUAUUCGCCCGCAAAAGCACGAUUUUCCUCGCUCGUCCUUGGAGGUCUCCUUCAUCCUCUGUUCUUUGUUGUAAUGGGUACCGCUCGUAAUUAUCCCGCGUUAUUUCUGGCAUAUGCCAUUGCCGCGUUUGCACGCUCUUUCUGGACCGGUGAGCACUCGAAUUUUUACGUUGUGUCUACACCCAAGAAGCCCCUUGGGGUUUUACUGGGAUGUUGGUGUAUUGGGUCAUUUUCAGCGCCGCUUGUGUGCCAAACACUCAUGGCAGAGGGAAUUCCCUGGAAGCAUUUUUAUCUUGGCUCCUUAGUUAUUUCUGCAGUUGCUUUGAGCUUGAUCAUCUUUUCCUUCCGCCCGACGCGCAACGAGUUUCUGGCAGACUGCAAGAUCGCACUCGACGCUAUGAAAAUUACGCCGAGUGCCAACGGCCCUGGGACUGACACGACGAUACAACCAUCCCACGCAGAGAAAGUCCGAGAUUCCUCUACCCGCCCUCUCUACCUGGCUUUGUCAAUGCCAUACCAAUGGGCCUUUUCGUUGUUCGCGUUUAUUUACAGCGGCAGCGAAACCACUUUUCAAGGAUUUAUCGUAACCUAUCUCCUUACCAAUCGAGGUUCUAGUCCAAAUACUGUCGGAUACGUCAGUAGCGGCUUUUGGGGAGGCAUGGCCGCUGGCAGAAUUUUAUGGGGAUACUAUUGCACAGGCUUGACCUUUACCCAACGCAAACGCAUUAUUCAUGCAUGCACGUCCGUCACUCCAUUCAUGACUCUGAAAAGCGUUUCCUUCCUCAUGACCAUCCUUAUUUGGUUUGUUGACUCGACAAUCGAGAACGCCCUUUCAUCCGCCGUGGUGGGUUUGAUGUAUGGGCCUAUAUUUCCCGGGACACUAGGCCUUUGCAACGAUAUCCUUCCGAGAGACGUGCACAUGGUUUCAAUGGCUAUUCUCACUGCUGUUGCUAGCGCAGGAAGUGCCGUGCUCCCCUUCAUCACCGGUAUAAUCUCGAACAAGGACGGCAUGAGAGUCUUCUGCUAUGUAACAGUCUCUCAAAAUGUGGCCAUGUUCGUCCUUUGGCUCUUCUUCCCCUCGUCUCUGCCU